UCAAUAUACCACAGUUUCCCAAUAUGGAUAUAGCUAUAAUCUGUGCAUUGUACAUAUUUCUAGCCUUUACUCUCCUCUCACUUUUUAAACCUAAGAGCAAAUCCAAUCAUAAACUUCCUCCAGGACCCUACCCUCUGCCCAUCAUUGGAAAUAUACACAAGCUUGGCAAGAAUCCCCAUAGAUCCUUAGCCGAUCUUGCUCAAGUCUACGGUCCAAUCAUGCGUCUGAAACUAGGCCAGAUAACCACCAUUGUCAUUUCUUCAUCAAGCAUGGCUCAACAAGUCCUCCAAAAGCAGGAUGCCGUCUUUGCUAACCGGCCUGUGCCCCAAUCUACGCGUUCUUGCGAUCAUAAUAAAUACUCAGUAGCGUGGUUGCCUGUGGGAAGUCGAUGGAGAAGCCUAAGAAAAAUUCUGAAGUCACAUCUAUUUACUGCUAAAAGGCUUGAUGAGAAUAGGCAUCUACGCAGCAGGAAGGUGCAUGAACUUAUUAGGUACUGUGAGAAGUGUAGCCAGAGUGGGGAGGCUGUAGACAUUGGCCGCGCUGCUUUUCUGACUACGCUUAAUUUUUUAUCAAACACUAUAUUUUCCAAGGAUAUGACAGAUUCAUAUGACAAUUCGGAGGCUAAAGAAUUCAGGGACUUGGUGUGGAAUAUUCUGGUUGAGCUUGGCAAUCCUAAUAUGGUAGAUUUUUUUCCUAUUCCAGCGUGGAUUGAUCCACAAGGUAUAUAUUUGCGAAUAACUGGCUAUUCCGAGAAGCUAAUUCAGUUAUUUGAUGGACUGGUAAAUGAGCGGUCGGAGUUGAAGGGAUCGACAAACUUCUUGGCGAACAUUAGUACGACAGACAUGCUUGAUGAACUUUUAAAAAUAGAACAAACAAAUGAGAUUGAUAAAACUCAGAUACGACACUUGUUUAUGGACUUAUUUGUUGCGGGAACAGAUACAACUUCGAGUACUGUGGAAUGGGCGAUGUCUGAGAUAUUGAGAAAUCCAGAAACAUUACUGAAGGCCAAAGCUGAGCUGAACCAAGUGAUCGGAAAAGGCAAGAUCAUAGGAGAAGAAGACAUUUCUAGGUUGGUUUACUUGCAAUGUAUUCUGAAAGAAACUGUAAGGUUACACCCUACAACACCGUUCUUACUACCACGCCAAGUAAAAGAGGAAGUGGAACUCUGUGGCUACACAAUUCCAAAGAAUUCACAAGUGCUGGUCAGUGCUUGGGCUAUUGGACGCAAUCCCAUGCUAUGGAAAAAUCCCCUGUCAUUCCAACCAGAGAGGUUCAUGGACUCUAAAAUUGAUGUCAGUGGGCAUGAUUACGAGCUGAUUCCAUUUGGUGCCGGCCGAAGGAUGUGUCCUGGAUUGCCAUUCGCGAUGAGAAUGAUGCCGGUUAUGUUAGGUUCCCUUAUAAAUUGUUUUGAUUGGGAACUUGAAGGUGGGAUUGCACCAGAGGAGUUGAACAUGGAGGAAAAGGUUGGGAUCACUCUAGCAAAGCUUCAUCCGCUCCGUGCUGUAGCAACUGGGAUUCUUACUUAGAGCUAUGUUUAUCCGAAUUUAAAUCUGUUUCCAACUUUAAACCAAAAUAUUAUCUGUUCGUGUAAUAAAUCAAAAGUUUCAGUUUAAAAUUACUUCAAAGUCACA